AAGCAAAACGAAACGAAAGGUAAAACGGUAUGCAAAAUGAAGUGUCAACGAUUUGAGAUGAAAUUAUCAAUUGCUGGGCCGUCGCCGUCCGCCCAAAUGUGAUUUAUUCCUCUCUAUACAUGAGUAUCUGUGUGUGUGCCAGCGGCAGUGUUUGUGUCUGUGUUUGUGUUUGUAGUGUGCGUGUCGACAACAAAGGGAAAUAAUGUCAUGCAUUGGCUCGACGGCAUUUCUUUGGAUGACAAUUUAAUUAGCGGACGCGCCAGCGGCAGCAACGGCGAAAACAGCGACAGCAAUCAGCGGAAAUCAACGCCGUCGAGCUCAUCGCCCACCAAAGCAAAACGAAGACGUCAUGCACACUUUAAGCUAAACACCAGAUUGGACAGAAAGUCAUCGCGGGGCAUGAUAUACGAGAAUGAGGAGCUCAGGUUGCGCACCAUCAACAUAAAUGCCGAAGUUGAACGAGGGCAAUCGGACAUCAAGCGCCUGCGGCGUGAGAAUGAGCAAUUGCGUCGCGAGAUCUGGACACUGCGGGACGAGUGCGAUAGGCUGAACAAACGCUUCAAGGCGAAGCUCAAUGAGCAUGAGUUUGGCGGCUGUCGUGGCAGUGGAGGCAGCGGCGGCACUUGCCAUGCCUACAGGUGUAGUGGUGGCGGCGGUGGACGAAGCAGCGGCGGUUGUGAUGUAAACAGUGAUGACUCGGACUCAUGUGAUACGUGUCGCGGGGCAGACGAUGGUCAUUGCAGCGAUGAAUGCUGCCAGGAGGGUGGUUCCUGUGCCCCACUUAAGCCGCCACUGCCGCCAGAGGUGCCCGCAUCAUCAUCAUCGUCAUCCAAGAAUGAGGAUUCCUCGCUCAAGGCAGAUCAGCAGCAGCAGCAGCAGCCCAUGCACUUUGAUCAUCUGUCGGUGGUGUCUGAGGAGACGCUGAGCAAUCCGGAGAUGCUUCAACAGUUCCAGCAGCAAGAACAUCUAAUGCUCUGCACACCGGAUUUGAAUGGAUCGCAGAGCACGCUGCCCAGUUUGAUGGGACCGCUGACACCGUUGACACCGCUGACGCCCAUUGAGCUGGUGGCCAAUCAGAUGAACGACCUGCACGCGUCUGUGCCGCCAUUGUCGUACUUUGAGAACAUACUGUCGCAGCACAUGGGGAAUCCCAAUUCAGCCCUGACACCCACGCCCGAGCUGGGGAGCAGUUCGAGCACCACCACUGGCAAGACCAUGCGCCACACCAAUGGCUGGGACUACAAUCUCCAGUCGCCUUUCACGCACCGCAAAUAUUCCAAUCACACAUCGCCCUCCCGCUCGCCACCGCCACCGGCUACGAUGACGACUUUUGUGCCAACAUCCACACAGCAGACGUUGCCGAAGAUCGCUCUGAAUGCUGCCCCACAUCUGCCAGAUAGCCCGGGGGACAUCGAGACGGUGGCCAUUACCACGAAUGCAACGCAACAAGCGCUCAACAGUCCGAAGCAUUUCUUUGCGCCGCUCAAGCCGCGUCUCAGGCUCAACACGAAGCUCGCCAACCAGGGCCAGGGGCAGGGUCAGAUGCCAGAUGCCCUGCCGCCAGGAUCGCCGCCACCGCCGCUACGUGAUCCUCCGGAUAUAUUCGUGAACAAUGCUCUGGCCUCGCCGUACCAGAGACGAGUCUCGCCACAAGUAAGUCCGCGUCGCCAUCGCGCCCACUCGCAUUGCCAUGCCCACCAGCAUCAGCGCCAGCACCCAAGCCAGCGGCACGACCAGGACCACGACCACGAGCAGCAGGAGGUGCCCCAGCAUCCCCAGCACUGUGCCCUGCACCGCGCAGUGGUCGAUGUGGCCGCUGCCGUUGGCUUGGGCUUUGGCCCCGCUGCCAGUGCCAGUGCCAGAGACAGAGACAAAACUCGGUCACAUCAGGGCUCCAGCGUGCUGGACAUUUACACGGCUGCCCUGGCAAAUGCAGCGGCUGCCCGGUGCACGCCACUGCCUAUGCCCCGCUCCGCAGCGGAGCCAAUCUAUGCGACCGCACAAAAGCCCUGCCAGAGCAGCUGCAUCUCGGCCACGGCCCUGACCAAGCCCGUGAUGACCAUCACCACGAACACCACCAAGACCACAACUUCCCCUCUGAGUUUGCCAGCGAAGGCAUCGAAGGUCCCAGCACAGCGGGAGAACGUUAGUCAGACGGAUUCGGUCAAUCUGGAAUCAAUAUUAAACGACAUUGAGACUAUUUCGGGAGACAUCUUGGCCAUUCAGCUGGAGAAAAGCAAGUCACGGGACAAUCUGAACCAUCGACAGGACAGUGACAAGGCGAAGAAGCCAUAUCGCUCCGAGAUGAAUCUGUAUCUGCAGUACGACGGCACAAAUCCGACCAUUUCCCCUGCCACUGUCACCGGCAACACGGAGAGCGAAGCGGGAGGAGCGGUGACCACGACAACAACGUCCAGUGAUUCGGGAAACAGUGGGAACGGCAAGCUGAUGCGACGCACUCGCUCUCUGGAGAGGGAGCACACCGACAGCCCUGCACCGCACAUACCCGAUCCGAUGGCACCGUUUCCCGACAAAUGCACAUAUCUGGGAUUCGAGCAGAUCAAUCAGGCGGCAUCUGGACCGCAACAAUCCCCGAAUGGACAGCGUCCACCCAUCAGUGCCAAGCCGAGCAUAGCGGCCAAGCCGCCGCCUCCAUUGCCGCCGGCACGAAGGCUACAAAUGCCCACAGAGCCACCGCCUCCGCCACCCACAUCAGCCAGUAGCAUGUCCCCGAACAAGAGUCACCUGUACAAGACCCUGGCCACGGCAGCGGCCAAGCGGGCCAUCUUUCGAUCGUCUCCUUCGCAAUUAACGCGCUCCCUGGAUGUGGAUCCCCCAGGAACUGAGGCGGAAACAGCAGCGGAGCAGGCGGCACAGACAGAGGCUGAUGAGCUGGCGAGGAGGAAGGCACGGCGCGUCUCCAUAUUGUGCGGCGCUGGACAAGCGCCCGAGGAUGCUGCGGCACCUGUGACCACAGCACCCACGGCCACUGCCAGUUGUGUGGACCUGCCCACUGCCGUGCUCACGCAUCCCAGCAUCAAGGCCUUCAAGAUUAGUCACAGCACACCGUCCUCGCCACAUUCCUCUCGCCGGCGCAUCAACAGCAAUACCAUGGCAGUGCCGGGGCAUCCAGAGGUGACGGCCACCGCCUCGGCGCCGCCCAGCACCAGUCACCAUCAUCACCAUCGCAAGGAGGGCAGCGAUCCGGCGCCAAUGACGACAGCGACUGUCAGUCGGACGAAGUGCUCGCGUCGUCACUCGGAGGGUACUGUCCAUACGGUGCAUAGGAAUAGUGCUGCCAGCGGAGGAGGAGCAGCAGGCGGAGGAGGAGGACACCAUCAUCACCACAGCCACCAUCAUCCGCAUAGCGGCAUGGCGAUAAGCAGCAAUCCGCACCACAGCCACCAUUCCCACCAGGAUAGCAACCACGAGACGGCCACCUCAUUAUCCGAUCGGAAUUCCAACAGUUUCGCCUCCUCGCGUGAGUCCUCCACGAGCUUCAGCAUGCGCUCCAGUCGCCGUAAGAUCUCGAUAAGCUCACACACGGGUGGCAAGAUACCCUGGUGUGGCUGCUGGGGCAACGGAUGCCUCUAGACGGUGGAGACGGAGAAGCAGUAGGAGUAGAAGUGGUUUCAGCUGCCGUCCAGGAAUGUAAAUUUCUAGAUCUUCAUAUAGCCAAGCGCAUAUCCGUGUUUCUAUAUGUUUUUAGAUAGGUUAGAAUAUAGUAAAAAUCCAAAAGAACUUUUGCUUUUAGACAAAUUUCCGUUCUGUGCAGUACAAAAUGUCAGCAGUUCGUAAAACAAAUUUGAAAAACAAAAAUUAAAGAAAUCGAAAUUUGUUGUACAUACUUAUAUUUUGCUUAGAAUCGAUUUAGUUGUAGUUAAUUAACAUCAUGUAAAUUCUAUAAAUGUAUAAAGGAAAGCCAGUUAAAUAAUUGUUGCUCAAUUGGGAGAGAAUACCAAAUCAGAAAUAUAUU